AUGACUGAGAAGAUAUCUGGUUGGUCCAACGCAGAUGCUGCCACUGCAGCACAAGAGCCUGCCUCUGAAAACAUUGUCUGGGAUGGCAACGCAAAGACUUAUGAAUGGGAUGAUGAAUUUGGUGAUGUUGGACCCAAAGUUCCCGAGCUAGAGAUUGAGUUGUUUGGCGAGAAAGGAGCCCGCCACAAAACUGGUCUUGACUUUUCCAAGAUUGAAGCCAUCGAAGUCUCCCAGGAAGGCCCUGUAAAGAUCAAUUCUGUUCGGAAGUUUGCUGAUGCCGGUCUACAUCCCGUCCUUUUGGAAAACAUUGGCCUGGCUGGAUAUACUAGCCCAACGCCGAUUCAAAAGUACACCAUCCCAUCGAUCAUGGAGGGCUAUGAUAUCAUUGGUGUCGCCCAAACAGGUUCCGGCAAGACUGCUGCAUACUUGAUUCCCAUCCUGAGCAAGCUAAUGGGCAAGGCGAAGAAACUUGCAGCUCCACGUCCCAACCCUCUCACUUUCCGAGAGGGCAUGGAUGAGGUCCGCGCUGAACCACUCGUUUUGAUCGUUGUUCCAACCCGAGAACUGGCCGUACAAAUCUUCAACGAAGCCCGCCGCUUCUGCUACCGCUCCAUGCUUCGCCCCUGUGUUGUGUAUGGCGGGACGCCUGUUCGAGACCAGAUCGCUCUCCUUAGUAAAGGCUGCGAUAUUCUUGUUGGGACCCCUGGUCGUCUCAUUGACUUCAUUAAUCGACCUCGUGUACUGACUCUUCGUCGUCUCAAGUACAUGGUCAUUGACGAGGCAGACGAGCUUCUCGAGUGGGAAGAUGAACUGAAGCAGAUCCUCCUCGGUGGAGACCAAGACGAAGGAGCUGUCAAGUAUGCCUUGUUUUCUGCCACAUUCCCAGAGGCGGCUCAGGAGCUUGGUCAGACUUAUCUUGCCUCUGACCAUGUCCAGCUUCGUGUUGGUCGUGUCGGCAGUACAACUGAGAAUAUCCGACAGAUUGUGGUUAAAGCAAGUCCCGAAGAAAAGCAGUCCGUCCUCGUGAAGCUCCUAGAAGAGAUGCCUGGAAUCCGGACAAUAAUCUUCUGCAACAGCCGUGGAGAAGUUGACCGUCUUGAUGACUUCUUGUUCCACAUGGGCCUCCCUGUGACCUCUAUGCACCGUGACCGCAGCCAGGCCGAAAGGGAGGCUGCUCUUCGGGCAUUCAGGUCCGGUAUGGCACCCAUUUUGAUUGCCACGGGCGUGACAGCUCGCGGUAUUGAUGUCAGAAACGUGAUGCACGUCAUCAACUAUGACAUCCCGUCCUGCAUGCACGGAGGCAUGGAAGAGUACACGCAUCGAAUUGGACGCACCGGUCGUAUUGGACACCGGGGUGUGGCCACCUCCAUCUUCACUGAUCGCGAUGAAGAUAUGGCUAGUGCACUAAUCCAGAAACUGAAGGAGGCCAACCAAGAAGUCCCUGAAUUCCUGGAGUCGUAUACCGGCAACGGCUUCAGCGACUCUGACGGUAACUACAAGAUGACUGGUGCCGAUUCUGGCACUGGCCAGGGCGAGGCCGAUCCUUGGGGACCUUCUGCGAAUACUGCAGCUCCUCCAGGCGACGUCCAAACCGAUGCUUGGGGUGCAAGUGCUCCUGCAGCAGCUGCUCAGCCCGACGCCUGGGGUGCCAGUGCUGCUCCUGUUGCCGUCUCACCUGAUCCAUGGGGAGCCAGUGCUCCUCAAGCCGCUCUAGGCUGGUAAUCUCACAGACAACAACAUGA